CGGGAAAUGAAACCGAAAGUUCCUAGAUAUGAUCUGCUGAAACGGAAUUGGUUAGAUCGGCAUAUAUUGCUGGCAUAAUCUGUCAGGAAGUUGCUAUAACAAGUUUCAGCACCUAUUUCUGAUUUUAAAUUAGCUCUUUAAUUCUGAAGAUGUCAAGAUUGAAUUACAAGGAGCGUUAUGGUUGCCGACGGCUGUUAGAGAUGAUGACAAAUGAUGACAUAUCCUCACUUCGAUUUACUAUCACUAACAAAAAGAAGGGUCUUUUCGAGAGCACAUCAGCAUCAAUUGAUGCCAUCCUUUCAAACACAGAGAAUGCAGAGGCAUUCCUGAAACGCAGGAAAGUUCAACGUGACUUCAUACUCAAAUACCUGACGGAGGACGAGGGGGUUGUGAUACCCAAAAACAGCAACAAAGACCAGCUAGUGAAGAAGGCCCUUGACGUCUGGACUAUUGAGAAGGUGUGUCCACAAGCGUAUGAAGAUGUCUCCUUCAGUGCUUUAACAAGAGCAGCAGAUUCUCAGAAAGGAAUGAGGUUUCCAACAGCACAUGUCCCCCCUCAACCUGUCUACUCUAAGCCGCACUACACAUCCCAGAUGUUGGACCUUCAAAGCCCAGCAGCUGAGACCAAUCCAGGACCAGCUGUGACUAUUGUGAGACAAAUUGAGACUAGUUUGAGACCAAUUGGUCUGAGAACAAGUGAGAGUGUCUCUGUUUUCUCUGAGGCGACAUACAGUGCUGGCUUUGACCACCUGGCCUUGGCCAGACAGUUUUGUCAGUGGUUCUUCCAGCUUCUCAACAGUCUGAACCCCUCCUUGGGUCAGCCUCCUCAGGAGUGGGGACCACAACACUUCUGGGAGGAUGUGAGGCUACGUCUUCUCUCCAGCGCCGGAGAGCAGUAUACAGAAGAGUACGAAGGAGCAGCAAUGACCAGCCUGCGUCUCCUGGCCCUGGCGAGGGACGAGAGGCUGCUAUUGAGCCCCAACCUGGAUCCUGGUGGCCUGAAGGCCCUGCCCUCCCCCCACGGCCUGGUGCUGGUGGCUGUGGCAGGGACCAUCCACAGAGACAGAGAAUGUGUCGGCAUUUAUGAGCAGGCGUUUGGCCUCAUACGCUCCCCACUGGACCAGAACAAAUGGAAGAUCAAGUUCAUGGUCUUGAAGGUGAGGGGCCAGGAGGCUCUCAGGGUGGGAGAGAACCUGCUGUCUCCAAUAUUAACAUGGGAUUCCAAUGACCUGCAGCUCCUCUGUAGAUGAUGGGGGACCUGGUGUGAUCGUCAGCAGGGGUCUUCAACCGAGGGUCCGCAGGUCUGGAUCCUAACUAUGGAGACAUUUUAAAUAUGAUUUAUAAAAUGGUACAGUACAUGAAUUAUCAUGUAAUGCUUCAUAAGUUGCCUACUUCUAGGUUUACUCAUUGUCAGAAAAGGACUAUUUAACUGUUCUCUAGUUUGGUACAUUUUCCCCCCCAGCUAAUAAAUCAUUAUACUGUAAUUGACCUCAGUAACCUCUGAUCUAUUUGUUCUAAUUAUUUGUAGCCUUUAUUUAGGAAUGUAGUCAUUGAGACCAAAAUCUAUUUUUUUUCAAGGGAGUCCUGCAUAGAUACACCUUUUACAUUAUAUCUACGAAGUCCAAAAGCUGUGAAAACAAGGCCACCACUAACUUUUUAAUUUGUGUUCUUUCACCCUCAAUCUCUCUCCGUCGCGCUGUCCUCUCUCACUCUGUGUGAGAGUGUAGCCCAUAGGCCUGGCUCUGUGUGAGAGUGUAGCCCAUAGGCCUGGCUCUGUGUGAGAGUGUAGCCCAUAGGCCUGGCUCUGUGUGAGAGUGUAGCCCAUAGGCCUGGCUCUGUGUGGGAGUGUAGCCCAUAGGCCUGGCUCUGUGUGAGAGUGUAGCCCAUAGGCCUGGCUCUGUGUGGGAGUGUAGCCCAUAGGCCUGGCUCUGUGUGAGAGUGUAGCCCAUAGGCCUGGCUCUGUGUGGGAGUGUAGCCCAUAGGCCUGGCUCUGUGUGAGAGUGUAGCCCAUAGGCCUGGCUCUGUGUGGGAGUGUAGCCCAUAGGCCUGGCUCUGUGUGAGAGUGUAGCCCAUAGGCCUGGCUCUGUGUGGGAGUGUAGCCCAUAGGCCUGGCUCUGUGUGAGAGUGUAGCCCAUAGGCCUGGCUCUGUGUGGGAGUGUAGCCCAUAGGCCUGACUCUGUGUGAGAGUGUAGCACCUCUGAUUCAGAGGGGUUGAGUUAAAUGCUGAAGACACAUUUCAGUUGAAUACAUUCAGUUGGACAACUGACUAGGUUGCCCUUCCCCACCAGAACCCAAAAUAUAAUCUUAUUUUACUCCAAUGUUUAUAAACACAAACAAAUACUCUAUAGCCUCAACGUGGUUAACAACUAUAAUGUUGAUGUCAUGGGUGGUCAGUCUUUGCAUCCAUAGCUCUCUAUGAAUUUGAGAGUGGGUUUGAGGACCUUUUUACUGAUGAUUAUGUUUUGCUUUUCAUGUAUUGACGUGUAUAUUGAUGUCUAUUAUUGAUGUGCAUAGUGUGUGUUGAUGUGUAUGCAGGGCUCAUCUGUAAAAUAGACCUUGUUCUCAGCAUGACUUCUUGUCGAAAUAAAGGUUGAAUCAAAACAA